AUGGAUCUCGAACGUCGUCAAAUCUGGGCCCAGCCCACCUCGACCACCUCUGCGCGCCCGUCGUGCACGCCGUUCCUAUUACCAAGCAAUGGCGUCCUCACGAUCAACAGCACUUUCUCCCUGACGAUGACCGAAGACGCUUAUUAUCAACCUGCUUGCACGGGCACUGCAAUCGAUGAAGUUCUCCCUUCGGCUGUACUUAACAACCAGGACCCCUUCUAUGCAUCUGUCGGUCCCCAACUUUAUGCGAUUGGCUGCAUGACGGUGGUCAGCUAUCUAUUGGUUAUCAUACUACUCAUCACACCUCGAAAGUUUUAUGUUGGAGGUCCUGGAGGUGAUGGAAAUAUCUUAGGACGACAUGGUAUUAUCAGUGGCUCCUAUAGUGGACAUUCUUCCGUCACCGGUGUAGGCGGCCGUCCUUGGCUGCAAAAAGUAGCAGCACUGUCAGUUGCGAUUUCCUUGACCAUUGCGACGGUUGAUUCAUUCCGAGUGGCCGAGAGACAAUACAACAUGGGUUAUACGGACGCUGCAGCUUUGACGGAGGAAGUUAUUGAUGGUACCGAAAUCAGAAUCGUGCACGUUGUGUCCAGUACCUUUUUAUGGCUCGCUCAAGUUCAGACUCUUAUACGACUUUUUCCGCGACACAAGGAAAAGGUCAUGAUCAAAUGGGCCGGCUUCGCGUUGAUUGUGCUUGAUACGAUUUUUGCCAUAUUGGAUAAUUUUGUUUCACACGGCUCGGAGACACGACCGCGGCUUUUUGAUGAUGCAAUACCGGCGCUUUCCUAUCUCUUUGAAUUGGCCCUCAAUCUGCUUUACGCGGCUUGGGUGAUAUUUUACUCGUUGUCAAAGCAUAGGUUCGCCUUUUUUCAUCCGAAAAUGCGGAAUAUCUGUCUAGUGGCUGUCUUCUCCCUAAUCGCGGUGCUGAUUCCCGUUGUGUUUUUCAUUAUGGAUAUUUCUUCUCCAGAUGUUGCUGGAUGGGGUGAGUAUAUCAGAUGGGUCGGUUCUGCGGCCGCCAGUGUCGUGGUUUGGGAAUGGGUAGAAAGGAUAGAGGCUCUUGAGCGUGACGAACGCAAAGGUGGAAUUUUAGGACGAGAAAUAUUUGAUGGUGAUGAAAUGCUAGAGGUCACACCUUCACAGGAGGUUGAUUGGCCUCGGUCAUCGAAUACGCCUGGGAAUAAAAGCGGUCGUGGGACUGGGGUUGCUUGGAGAGGUAGUAGUAACCCGAAUAAUAGACCCGUUCGCAGGGGUCACCUUGGAUUCCAACUUGGAACGCGCUGUCGAAACGAUGCUACUAACCAGAAGCCUGAUCGACGUGCCAAAUCAACUCAGAAUGCGUCUGUUCCUCCUGUGCCUCCACCAGCUGCAGUGACUCCAAUCAGUCGAGCCGAUACAACCAGUGCUGCUUCCACCGUCUAUUAUGUUCGUUAUCACACUGUUGCUAGCCCAACCCCUCCUUUAUCCGCGGCACCAAUUGAGCCCCCGGGCCAACCCGGCACUCAAAACAAACGAGAAGAGACUGCAGUGGCGUCUAAUGGAACGCAUUCUACAGGGCAAUAUGUACCUCCGGGUAAUGAGAUACUUUUGACGGCAACAUCGGGAUGGAGACGCUGGCUCCCGGCUGCUGGCCUAUUCGGAGCCAGACGAUCAGCUCCGCCACAAGAGAUUGCUACAGCUCAGGAAGAAGAGGAAAAUGCACGCGACAGGUCCCACGGUAGCGAUGAUGGUAACUUCACAGAAAAGGACGUAGGUCCUGUGAACACAUCUUCGAGAUUUCAACAAGCCCUGUCUUCGCUCCGGUUUGGUGAAUUACAACAGAGAUUCCGUGCACGGUCACCCAGGCCCUUGACAGUGACAGUGAUUCCCUCCCGCGAUCUCGCCCAGCAACCGUGGUCACCUCAGCCAAACGAGGCUGGCUCAGUUAACCACCCGACGGGCUCGGUUAGUCUGCCGACAACCAUAAUUCUAGCCCAAGGACGACGCACGUCAGCGUGGCCCUCACCUUCAAACCCUUCUAAUGGACUUGGAGAUGGUGAUCAUCUCGAGUAUGACCCGGAGACAGCUGCUUUAGUAGAUGUUGGUCCGAAUCUUAUAAUACAAACAAUUACGUCCGAGUCCGUGGAUUCUUCAGCAAUCGCUACAUCCGAUACGCUUUAUGAGAGGGCAGAUCAUCCCUUGCAAGCGCACCAGCAGCUGCGCGGGUUUUCUGUCGAAAGUGAAGAGACACCUAGGAGCCAGGAUACGUCUCAUCAGACAGUGCGAUUUGACUAUGACGACGGCGAUAUAGAAGCCGGACGCGGCCGCAGGCGUCAAUAA